UCUACCCGGCACACACGUGUCUAACGUUGAAAGAAAGUGCAGUAGUUUAACACAAGUUGUUAGUGUUAAUUAAAUCAAAUUUUCUAAAUUUAAAUAAAAAUAAAUAUUUUACAUUUGUGAGAAAAAUGAAAGCAAGAUAUUUUCAUUGAAAAAAAUAUAUUCCUUUUUAUUUUUGGAGUAAGAUCUUAACUGAAAUUGGGAUUCGUUUGACCUUUACUGACUUGGUUGACCUUCAACAUUUACCCUGAAAUAAAAAACUUUCAUUCACUUCUCUAUAUCUACUUCAAAAAAAAAAGUAAAGCACCAAAAUGUCGAGUAGGGAACGAGCAUCACGACGAUUUUAUCGUCUAGACAGUACAAAUGAUCUUUUGGGUAAUAUGGAUCGGGGUCAAACGGCUCAAAUUGAAAAUCGAUGGAAUUUUGAAGUUUCUUGGGAAGCUGCAAAUAAAGUUGGAGGAAUUUAUACUGUUAUUAGAUCAAAGGCUUAUGUUUCCACCGAAGAAAUGGGUGAUCAAUAUAUUUUAAUGGGUCCCUAUAAAGAAGCAUGUGCAAGAACUGAAGUUGAAGAAAUAGAUUUUCCUUCAAAUAGUCCAUUGAACAAGGCAGUUCAAAUUAUGCGAGAUCAAGGCUUUAAGGUCGUGACAGGUACUUGGUUAGUCGAUGGAAAUCCACAAAUAAUAUUAUUGGAUAUUGGAAGUGCAGCCUGGAAAUUGGAUGAAUACAAAUCGGAACUUUGGAACACGUGUCAUUUGGGAAUACCUCAUUUGGAUGUUGAAGCUAAUGAUGCAAUUAUUCUUGGCUACAUGGUCUGCCAAUUUAUUUCAGAAUUCAGAAAAGCCGCGGAGGAAUUUUCAACAGCACCGCCAAGAGUUAUAGUUCAUUGUCACGAAUGGCAAGCUGGCGUUGGAUUAAUUGCAUUACGAACAAGACACGUUGAUGUUGCCACUGUUUUUACAACACAUGCCACUUUACUUGGAAGAUAUCUUUGUGCAGGAAAAACUGAUUUUUACAAUAAUUUGGAUAAGUUCAACGUAGACGAAGAAGCUGGAAAACGACAAAUUUAUCAUAGAUAUUGCAUGGAACGUGCAGCAGCACAUUUAUCCCAUGUUUUUACAACAGUCUCUGAUAUUACUGGUCUUGAGGCUGAACAUUUAUUGAAAAGAAAACCCGAUAUUAUCACGCCAAAUGGAUUGAAUGUAAAGAAAUUUUCUGCGUUACAUGAAUUUCAAAAUUUACACGCCGUUAGUAAGGAAAAAAUUCACGAAUUUGUGAGGGGACAUUUUUAUGGACACUAUGAUUUUGAUUUAGACAAGACUCUAUAUUUUUUUAUCGCCGGACGAUAUGAAUUUGGAAACAAAGGCGCUGAUAUUUUCAUUGAGGCUUUGGCAAGAUUAAAUCAUUAUUUGAAAAGCUCAAAACCGGACGUGACUGUUGUUGCAUUUCUCAUUUUUCCAACGAAGACAAAUAAUUUUAACGUUGAAUCACUUCGUGGUCACGCUGUGACAAAAUCUCUGAAGAAUACAAUAGAUGAUAUACAACGAAAAAUCGGUAAACGAAUGUACGAGACAUGUUUGGCAGGUCAUUUGCCCGAUGGUCAUGAUAUUUUAAUAAAAGAAGAUAUGAUUAAAAUUAAAAGGUGUUUGUAUUCUUUGCAAAGAAAUUCAUUGCCACCGGUGACAACUCACAAUAUUGUUGACGAUUGGAAUGAUCCAGUAUUGGGAUCAGUGAGAAGAUGUAAUCUUUUCAAUUCUGUUCACGAUCGUGUCAAGGUUGUAUUUCAUCCGGAAUUUUUGUCAUCGACAAAUCCUCUAUUUGGCUUAGAUUAUGAAGAAUUUGUUCGUGGUUGUCAUUUGGGUGUAUUUCCAUCAUAUUACGAACCCUGGGGUUAUACACCGGCGGAAUGUACAGUUAUGGGUAUUCCAAGUGUAACAACAAAUCUCUCGGGCUUUGGUUGUUUUAUGCAAGAACAUAUUGCCGAUCCAAUGAGUUAUGGAAUUUAUAUUGUUGAUCGUCGUUUUAUUGAUUUAGAAUCAAGUGUUCAACAACUCGCUCAAUAUAUGUUCGAUUUCGCUCGACUAAAUCGAAGGCAACGUAUUAUUCAGAGAAAUCGUACAGAACGUCUCAGCGAUCUUUUAGAUUGGCGAAGUCUUGGAAUUUAUUAUCGUCAGGCGAGAAUAAAAGCAUUGUGCACUGUUUAUCCUGAGCUUGAGUCAGAAUUUGCCGAAGGAAAUGUGGGAAGAUUAAAUUAUCCAAGACCAAUUAGUGAACCUCCAUCUCCGUCAUCGUCACGGCAUACGACACCAGCCGCUUCUGUUCAUGGAUCAGACGAUGAGGAGGAUGAAGUUGAUGAUGAAAAAGAGCUGGAAUCUGGUCGAGGCUGAUGAGGGAAAGGGUCAUUUUGCCUGAGAGAACAACUGGUGCCUCGGCGCUUUCCUCUUCUUUUACUGUUUGAGUUUCUGAUUCCGUCACAAGAAGUUCACAUUGAGAUGGAAGUGCACCCUCCAAAUAAAUAGGCACUGGUGGCGUUUUUUCCCGUUCAACAUGACUAGAAAAAAAAAAUUUUAUUGUAAUUAUUGACUAUAAAUAUUUAUUUCAAAACUUUAAUAAUAAAGGAUUAAAAAUAGAAAACAA